UUUGAAGUGGGAGGACCCGUCAUCUGACUUUACCAGGCAGAGGAAAGUGGGUGUUGUGCUGUAGUGUUUAGUUUGGUGCGAUGCAUCUUCAUGACUGUUUGUAAAAGCAGCGGUUCACUCUGCGUCCAGCGACCAGCAAACAGCCGUCCUUUGGGACCGUUGAAGCCACCAACAGCAGCCGUGCAGCGGGAGGGGAGAGCUAGCUAACGCAGCCUGAAGCCCGGAGCCAGAGAAGGGAGAGCCGAGUCGGUGAACCAUGGGGUUCCGUAAGAAGAACAAGAGCCCGCCGGUGCUGAGCCAUGAGUUUGUGAUCCAGAAUCACGCCGACAUGGUGUCCUGUUUAGCCAUGAUUAUCCUCCUCGGCCUGAUGUUCGAGGUCACAGCCAAGUUUGCCAUCAUGUUCAUCACAGUCCAGUAUAAUGUAACACAAGUUCUUGACGAGAGAAGUGAUCCAGUGAACCUGUAUCAGUAUGGCCCUAAAGAUGUGGCCACUGUGUUUUUUUAUUUGCUUAUUGCAGUCAUCCUUCAUGCCUUGAUACAAGAAUAUAUUCUCGACAAAAUGAACAGGAGGUUGCAUCUGUCAAAAACCAAACACAGCAAGUUCAACGAGUCUGGACAGCUCGCAGCGUUCUACCUGUUCUCCUUCAUCUGGGGCUGCAGCAUCCUAACAGCGGAGGACUUUGCAACAAAUCCUACAUUCUUAUGGGAGGGGUACCCUCACACUCACAUGGUUUUUCAGGUCAAGUUCUUCUACAUUUGCCAAAUUGCCUAUUGGCUCCAUGCACUUCCUGAACUGUACUUUCAAAAAGUACGAAAGGAAGACAUCCCCCGCCAGCUCUAUUACAUUUGCCUUUAUGUUGUCCACAUCACUGGUGCCUACGUCUUAAACCUCCACCGACUGGGCCUGGUGUUGCUGGUCCCCCACUACCUGGUGGAGCUCCUGUUCCACGCUUCACGUCUCUUCUACUUCAGUGAUGAGAACAAGCAGAAGGGUUUUACUCUGUGGGCGCUACUUUUUGUGAUUGCCCGCCUCCUCACCCUCACUCUAUCAGUUCUGACGUUUGGCUUUGGGCUGCCCCGUACAGAAAACCAGGGCUUUUCUCUAGCAGAAGGCAACUUCAAUGUGCUCACCAUAAGGAUGACUUGUCUGGCAGCUAUCUGCCUGACACAGGCUUGGAUGAUGUGGAAAUUCAUCAACUUCCAGUUGAAAAAGUGGAGGGAGCACAGCCAGAACCAGGCAUCAAAGAAGAAGGCAGUCAGCCCAAAGAGCAAGCCUCAAAAGAGGGAGCCUACAAGGGGAGGUGCUGCAAAUGGAGUUGUGAAGUCUGAAGAUAAAACGUCGCCACGGGCAAGAAAAGCCAAAGCUUCAUAGAGCUGGAAGAAUUGGAGAAAAAAAAAACUGAGUGAGGGAGAUCUGACAAUGUGACAUAAUGUCUCUAUACAACUUCUAAUUUUGUCGACUUCUCUCCUAAACAAAUGUUUAAGCGCACUAAGAAACCUUAUCAUACAACUGUCCCUUUGGGGCUUGGAGAAGUCCAGUGUUACCGUCUGCUAGAAAUGUUGUUAUUCAUUUCGGCUUUCUGCAGAUGGGACAUUGGCAGGACAGUGCUGGGUUUGAUGCUUUAAGAGGAAAGAUUUCAAAGUGUCCUUUUGUGUAAAAUGACAGUCACUGGCUGGGUACUUUUAAGCUGAGUCGCUCUCCACAAAAUCCCAUUGAAUCAGUUAACGUCAAAGUAACUCAAGAAGCAAAUUUUAACUUCAGGUCAACAAAGUGUUAAUGUAUGGAUUUACAGUACGGGGUGUCAUUUUUAAGUUUGGGCCUUAUUUACUUCAACUUAAAAAAACAGACCACUGUCUCUAAUCUCAAAAUAAAGCCUUUAUUUCUGUGUAAGACAGCACUCUGAUAUUCUGUUGUCAGGAAACUAUGCUAAAUUAGUUGCUCCAGCAGAGUACUUGUGCUAUUUAGGUCCUUAGCAUAUUUGCAGCCAGAAAACUGAAGCUUGUACUUAACUCUUUGAUCAUUUACUGACAUUAUUUGACAGCUUCUGCCUUUGAAAUCCAACAUGUUACAGGAUGGAGGUACUGUAUUGUCAUUUGCUUUAAUCACACUAGCAUGGUAAUCAGCUUCUCCCUAUUCCAGGAGGCUCGUCCAUGUUUGGUGACUUACUAAGAGGAAGCUGCAGUGUAAUCUGUGAUGCUAUACUGUAUGCAUACAGUUCAAUCUUUAUAAUGGCAUGAUUGGAAACUUGAUCAAGAAACGAAACUGCGAUUCAGUCCUUUAUAUGGUAAUGUCAAUGCAUGACAGUUUAAGGCUAAAGAUUUCACGGCUAGUUUCCACCUUUGCUGUUGAGUUUGCAGUCUCUCACACAUAAACACAAACACACACACACACACACACACACACACACACACACACACACACACACACACACACACACACACACACACACACACACACACACACAAGCAUUCAGUGGCCUUUUAACAACUGCUGCAAGAGGACUAAGUAAUUUAUUUUUGCCAUACACUACACAUAGUUAUUAUUUAAUAUGCUUUGACAAGCUAUAACCAGCAAACACAGCGGUACAUAGCAACUGCGUUUAGUUAAUCCAAACAGUACAAUCUUUCUUCAAGUGUCCUUAUACUGUCAGUGGUUUGUAUCACUCGUUCUGCUUGUGUUGCGUUCUGUUUGCCUUCUCUGUUCGCUUUCUUAUUCUCGGGUAUCAGGGGGAACGCUAUCCACCACUUAAGUAUAAGUUACAUCCCAUGGGGCAUUGGGAGGUGUGUUUGUAAGGGGAUGUGUUUGUGUGCCUGUGCACUUAGUCGUGUGUAUGUGUGUACAGUAUUGUUUUACCUACUGUGUAGCCUAUGUGAUUUAACUGGGCGUGAAAGUGAAUGAUGAUGGUGAUGAUGAUGAUGGCGGUGAUGACAACCAGGUUUAUUGCUUGUCUCGUAAAAUAAUUAUUGCCUGUGUGCAGUGCAUGAAACGUAACAAUCCGUUGAUUGACUCCUGCCCUGUGUUGUAUUAACCAAUCAUUUCCUUAAGUUCACUUUUGUUGGUCUCAGUCUCCAACACGCUUCUGUGUGUGUACCGCUGAGUCGUGGAUUAGGGCUGCACAGUAUAGGGGAAAAAGGUGAUAUGCAAUGACGUUUUUUUAAAUAUCGCGCCACAAUACUAACAAUGAAUAAACAGACACCAAGGGUUUUCUCAUUAUGCCUUCCUGGUGCUAUCAGUGCUAAAACACAACAAAUUGCUUGUUAAAUUAACAAUAUGAAAGAACAUUUUAUUGAACAAUAUUAAAAGGAACAAAUUAAAAAACGGAUGAUUACUUUUUAAAAUCGAUUUCCACUGAUACUCUUUAAAGUAACUCAAAAAUUCCCUUUCAGUAUUUUGCGUAAAGUCGGAAUCGCUUUUAAAAAGAAACAAUAUAUUGUGCAGCCCUAUUGUGGAUUGGUGUAUUUCCUAUAGGUUAUGGGUUACUAAAUGCUUAUGUGUUUAAUGUCUCUGCCCAUUAGAUACCCUUUUCCUGUGUGAGAGAGAUUCUGUGUUUACUGUUUGCCAAAUGUGGCAUGUUCUGUCCUUCCUGCUUCACCUUUUCAAUGAUCCUGACAUUGCUAUGGAGCUCACGUAUUGUACUGUUGGACCUGGAGUCCAGUUCUACUACUAAACCACUGUGCAUGUGAAGCUCUGUGCAGCAACGACUGCUACCGUCGGACUUUGGAGUCUUAGUCCAGAGCAGGGAUGCGAUUUAAGAUGCGAUUCAUUUUUGCGUACUUUAUCGAUGACAGUCUUUAAAGCCCUUUGUCUUGAGUACGGCGGUGUCAUAGGAGGAAAGGAGUAGCAGAGGACUUAUGUACCAGCCUGUUAUUAAACUGUCUCAGAUGUAAAAGAUAAAAAAACUGACCUAACCCUACACUGUACUAAAAUAUGUGUCAGAUUUUUAAGCUAUUUUUAUAGAGGGGAAACUGUUGAAAUUCACUGUUGUUCAGUACACAUGUGUGAAUAUUUGUUUUGCAUCCAUAUUGAUAUGAAUUGUUUUUUAUAUAAGAAUGAAGCUUGCUGAACUGUUAGCGUGGAUAUACGUUGUGGUAUGACUGUAAACAUUUAUUUAGCCUACAGGUUUGUUUAACUUCAUGGCCUUAUUAGAGCAAAGUGAACUCAAUUGUAUAACAGUGCUCAGUUAACAAUAUGCUGCAGGUGUACUCUGCAGAUUUCACAUGUAUUAUGAUCGUGAAGUACACCACACACAGUUUAAAUAUAUGAUCAGCGGAGCAAAUGGUCAGUUUGUUCGUUCUAGUUUGUUGCAGGUAUUCUUCAAUGCUUGUGAUAACAGGCCCGAGUGAAAUCAUCUAUAGACUUGUCUUGCUAGACGGAUGUCACACUGGACAACAAUCAGCAGACAUUAAGGCUCUGAAACAUGAGCCGCUCUGCAGUUCAUGUCCCCAUGCCUCGCUUCGAGACACAAUAGCCUGUAUAAUCUCACAGGAAUGCACUUUUUUGCAUAAUAUGCAUCAUGUCAGAGCACCAUAACACUGCUCACUUUGGCUGUUUCUGCAUUGAUUAUCAUGAAUUACAAAUUAGAGUUGCUCUAUUUCUAACUGUGCAUUUUGUAAUUGUUGAAAACAAUAAAAGGCUGCAAUGAUUUAACUCUGAGCAACCUCUAGGUGGCAACAAUCUUUAACGCAUUUGAUCAUGAGCUCACUUUAGAAAAAAAAGAGGAAAAAAAGGCCUGCACCGCAGACACCAUUUAUUGAUUCAUUAUGCAUCAUCCUUUUAUUUUAUUUUCCUGCUUGUUUAUUGAUGUUGCGAUAUAUUUCCUUUUCAAAUAUGUUGUCCCUAAACUGCUCUGAUGGUAUAUAUUUAUGCAACUUCUCGUGAGUUCUGAUAAUUUUUUUCUUUGUCACUAUUUUUUUAUUUCAUGUUUGAAUAAAGCUUUUAUUCAUUA